AUGAUCAUCGGCCAGAUCGGCACCAGUCUCCGCACCGCCGGUCUCGAAGAACUCGAUCAGGUCUUGGAUCAACUUUUGACCUACGAGGCCAACGAACAGUCUCGCCGAAAAGCAGCGGAUCACAGGGGGAGCUUCGCGCAGUCAUCCACUCCCACGGUGCCCACCAACGCGCUGCAUGAGUUGCGCACGGCGAUACUUUCUCCAGUUGUGCAGAGCGCGUUGAGGAAACGGCCAGGCAAGCAACCCGAAUGCGACUUUCCUGAUCUCGCCACCUACAACACGAUCCUUCACAUUAUCACUGGCACAGUGCAUCGAAGCAAAGUGACCGCUGCCGGUUCCUCUAAGUACGAGCAGAAGUUCGACGAGGACGAGGCCGACGACGACGUCGUGACCAAAUUCGCCGAGCAGCAACUCGAUUCCCAGGCGGCUCAGCUCGAAGCUUCGCUGACCAGCAAACUGCGACGGUUCCACCUCGACGUCGAUGCAGCACCGUUGCAUCUUGAUGCUUUCGAGCGCGCGGAUCGACUCUUCCACACUGUUCUGGACCGAAUGCAGCGCAAAAGUCGGAUCGAGCCGGACGCAGUCACGUUCAACAUCAUGAUCACCAUGUACUGCCUGCUCGACCGGUGGAGCGAGGUGCAUCGCGUUAUACGAUCUGCAAACGACACUGGAGCGCUCAGCAUCGACAGUAUCAAUAACGUGCUUUCGCACUGGCUCGCUCGUGGGCCAACUUCAAAGUCCCGCCAACGCAACGGCCACGAUGUUCCUGCAGAUGCGGCAGACAGCGCCUUGGAAGUCUAUCGACAGCUGCGACAGAACCUAGUGCGCGUCGAGUUGGCGUCCCAGGACGCGUCCAUCGCUUAUGGAAGGAUGCAAAGGGACCGUCCCGAACACAGCGCCGACUCACAGGAUCAGCUGGGACCGCUCGCCUGGCCAGAUCGAAACGAGGCGGCACGCUCGUCUCGUUCGCAAACGAGUCUGGACAUGCACGAGAAUGGCGCAGUUGAAGCAGUGCUCGGGUUGUCCGGUCUGCCAGCUCACAUCACCCCGGACGAGAUCACUCAUGCUUUGAUGAUCAACAGCCUGACUCGCGAAGGGCGGUUCGCGGACGCUUUGGGCGUCUUUAAGGAUCUGGUCUCGACGCCAAGGAGACAGUCUACGGCGGGCUCAAAGACGGACCGGACUCGUCAGAGAAGGAACAGCAGCCAGGACAAGCAAGAGAAGAGCAUGCAAGCCACGGUGCCCAUGUUCAUCAGCUUCUUCCGCGGCUUCGCACGCUACGGCAGGCCGAGUGCGGCGAUCGAUUUCGAUCCGAAUUCGCCGGAAAGCACCUCAUGGGGCCCAGUAUCCAAGCCAGACGCAGCCUUUCUGGACGAGGGUGAAGUCGAAGAGGCGCCUCAGCCGUUGCAGGAGGAAAAGCACGCUCAGCAGCUCGAGCUGUGGACGAUCGACACUUUCCAACCCAUUUUCGACGCUUUCCUCGGUCUGGAACCAGAGAUGCAGCGAGCGAUUCCUGGGUCACAAACAGCACAAGUGCUGGACGCCAGACGCGAGCUCUUGGAUCGUCGAGUGUCCACGCCUUUCGGCUGGCUCACGUCGACCGAGAAGAGGCAGCUGGAUGCCAUCCGACGCGGACCUGUGCCCAAGGAGCUUUUCUGGAUUCUGACGGCAAUCCGAAGGGUGAGCAACGAUCAUGCCGAAUGGAGCCUGGCCAUGUGGCAGAAAGUAGUGGACAAGUUCAGCUCCGAGAGCCGACCGUCGCCGAGCCAUCUCGGCUGGACAGGCUUUCGAUUAGACAGCCGGCUGCAUCGUGUGUUGGCACAUUUGCAAGGUAACAUCUCCCGGGACGAGCCGGCGGACAAGCUCCAAGAGGAGUAA